UUGGAUGGUUUACAAUAUCUGUAGGUCAUGAUGGGACCCGUUGCCCUGACCUGGACCUGCUGCUCAAGACUUUCUAAUGCUUCAACUAGAACAUGUUUAUAAUGGCUCGCACCUAUACCAUUUUUAUUUAAUAUUACUAUAUUAUUUAAUAUUACUGUUUAAUAAUAUUAGAAUAUAUAUUAAUGUGCCCCCCUCCCUGUCCUCGCGCCCCCUGCAGGAAACGAUGAAGUUUCUAAAGAGAUGAUGUUUGGUGUGCCUGUUUUGAGGUCUGAAGCCUGCACCUCCACCUGUGCUGCUGCUUUCUCUGCUCCCCCAGAAAUCCUGUUCAUUGUGCGUAAAUUAAACCUCAAUGUUUUAAGGCCCUUAAAACAUGACAGCCACAGCCUUUAUCCUUCUAGUCUUGCGCCCCUCUGUAUAUCCCUCUGCCCCCGGUCACUGAAGCGUCACAUGAGGCUCCGGCACACGUGGAAGCCUCCGCACAUCUCAGUGUUGUGCGUAACGGCGCACAGCCAUGUCUACAGAGCGGCGUUCCCCUGCAGGUUGCGCUCUGUCGCCACAGGAAGCGGGGACAGUAAUAAAGCGGUUGGCUCAGAGCAGAAGAGCCCGGGAGCAGGGUUCACACUGCGGCCUGUGGGUGAGUCCGCGCAGCCUCCGCCGCUCUGUUCCGGAUCAGUGCGCGCAGGUACAGACACCUGAUCCUGGGCAGUCAGGUGAACCCUCCCCCAGACACUGGCCCCUCCUCGAGAGUCUCACCUGCCGCGCGUUACAUUCACUUUAGCGGACAGGUGCGCAGCAUGGAGCCCGGUAAGGAGCCCUUGUACAGGGGCUUGGGUCGCUGCGCGUGCAGCUUUUGGCUCGCGGUGGUGUUUGACGUGCUGGGGCUGCUCGUGCUGCUCUUAGGGGUCUUUGUCAACGUGUUCUUCUAUGACCUGCUCAUCUACGCGGGCGCCAUCAUCAUCUUCCUCAGCCUAGUGUGGUGGGUCUUCUGGUACUCGGGGAACAUCGAAGUUCCACCAGCAGAGCUGGAGGACGACGUGGGGCUGUUACCGAAGAAGCGCGGGGCGCUGGGGGCGCUGGGGGGCGCAGUGCGCCGCCUCUCCAGCCGUGUGUCCGGUACCGUCCGAGCAUCGUUUCGGAGGAACGGCCGCGCGCACGGCUCCGAAGCACAGCGGGUGACACAGGUGAAUGUUGGCAUGGCAACCAUGACAACAGAGCGCGUGCCCGCCACAGAGACCCUGCCCACAUGACGGCACACAGAGUCCAGUCCUGGGUCCUGGGUCCUGAGUCCUGGGUCCUGAGUCCUGAGCUCCCCUCCCUCAGUGUCCAGACUGUUCACCUGCCUUUUGUAUUUUAUUGACAUUUUAUUGUCUAUUUUUGUAAUAAACUGAACAUAUUAUUUUAA